GGCGAUACAUGGUUUAGAACUACCAUGACGGCAUGUCCAUUUGCAGGGUGUUUGGUCCACCAGACUUUUUCGUUACUUUCACAUGUGACGUUAACUGGCCCGAAAUUAAGCUAGGUAUUCUUGAACCAGGCCAACAUCCAUCUGAUAGAGCUGAUAUUGUCGUUCGUGUCUACAAUAUGAAACUAGAAGAAAUGCUAGACGACAUAAAAAGUGGAAAAGCAUUUGGUCCCAUAUUGGCAGUUCUCCAUACCGUUGAAUUUCAAAAACGAGGGUUGCCUCAUGCUCAUAUUAUACUAUGGACUGCUGAAGAUACCACCAAUCCAUCCGCUAAUAUGAUUGAUAAAUUUAUUAGUGCUGAAAUCCCUGACCUGAAUGAAGACCCACUACUUUAUGCUUUGGUUGCGGAGCACAUGAUCCAUGGUCCAUGCGGAAAAGAUAAUCCCAAGUGUCCUUGCAUGAAAAAUGGUAAAUGCUCAAAAGGGUAUCCAAAAUCAUUCCAUUCUGAGACAACUAUUGACGAAAAUGGUUUUGCUAUAUACAAAAGGCCUGACAAUGGUCAUUUUGUUAUAAAAUCUGGAAUCUGCCUUGACAAUCGUUGGGUUGUCCCAUACAACCCUUACUUACUUAAAAAAUACGAAGCUCAUAUUAAUGUUGAAUGGCGCAACAAGGGAAUUUUUAUUAAAUACCUUUUCAAAUAUGUUACAAAGGGACCUGAUUGUAGUAAAGCAUAUCUAAAGAAGAUACAAAGCGGUGAAGACGUUCCUAUUGAUGAGGAAACACAAAUAAGAAAUGAAGUAAAAGAAUAUCUGGACUGCCGUUACAUUUGUGAGCAGGACGCCUGCUUGCGUGUAUUUGGAUUUGACAUUCACAGACAUUAUCCAUCGGUAGAGCGGAUGCCCGUUCACCUUGAAGAUGAAAACAAUAUCUUAUAUGAUGAAAACGCAAACAUGGCUGAAAUUAUUUCCUCUGAGUUUCUACGUCGAACCAUGCUGACUCAAUGGUUCGAGUGCAACAAAAAAUACCCAGAGGCUCGUGACCUUACCUAUCUUGAAUUCCCUUCCAAAUGGUGCUGGUUGAAAGAUAAAAGGGUAUGGGAACCAUGGGUUUACGGUUCUAAAAUUGGGAGGCUUUAUUAUGUUCAUCCAUCUGUUGGUGAGCGCUACUAUUUAUGUAUGCUUCUUAUGGUUGUUAAGGGUGCACAAAGCUAUGAUGAUUUAAAAACCUACAAUGGUUCACUUCAUCCUACAUUCAAGGCUGCGCGUGCUGCCAGAGGCCUUUUAGGUAGCGACCAAGAAUGGUACAACGCUUUUGAUGAGGCUGCUACAUGGGCAACUUCUUCUCAGCUUAGACAACUAUUUGUUACAAUGUUGAUGUUCUGUGAGGUUGCUGAUGAAUACGCCUUUUUCAAGAAAGUAUGGAGGACUUUAGCUGAUGAUAUUCAAUACCAAAUUAGAGAUACCAUCGGGAACCCACGGUUUUAUGUACCUGACAACAGCCUUAAAGACAUGGUUCUAGAUGAACUUAACACAUUAUUUGAAAAAAAAUGGUGGCCGUAUCAAAGAUCAUCACCUACCUAGGAAAAUAGAAGAAUCCCAUGGCACUACCGGUAACCACU